AUGGAGAAAUGUCUCCAUGAUGUCUCGUUCCUGCUCUCAGGGAACCGAGGUAACCAGAGACGUUUUCCAACAAUUGCUAAGAAACUGACUUGUUUACAAAUGCUCUUUUUAGCUAAACGUUAUCUCUUGUCUGAAGAUGUGAUGAAGCUGCAGGAUUUUCAGCAGAGGAAACUUGCUGUUGCCCACCAAGUGUCAAGAUCAAAAGGUUAUUACUUUGAUACGGUAAAUCAGAUAAUGGAGAAAAAACAGCUCAUUUUAAAGGAUGAAUUGAAAAUACUUCUGUAUUUAUGCCAGUCUGCUGAAGAUGUUUUUAUGGCGAGAAAUGCUAUGUACAGGUACCAUGAAGAGAAUCGUAACAUGGCAUUUGGGGAAUUCAAGUUUGGCCCUCUUUUCAUGAGGUUAUGCUAUGAGCUGGGUUUAGAGGAGCUGGGAGCCAGAACCCUGACAGAUCCAGCUCUCAAAGGAUUCUUUUCGGACUCUACAUCCUUUAAUAUUGCUAUCGACAUGCUUUUCACUAAACAGUGUUACAAAAGUUGCCUGGAGGUGGUGGGAGAAAUGAAAAAACAAGGAGUGCCAUUCAGCAAAGACACCUUCAUGCUAGCCUUUGCAACGUGUUAUAAACUGAACACCUCAAAGUCGUAUCAUAUCUGUUUGACCCUGUUGGAAGAAGGUCAGACAAAAGGCAGCCUCAUUCCUCGACAUGCCUACUGCUUUGCAGCUGCUCUUGCUCUCAAACAGAAUGAUAUAGAGAGAGCCCAGGCAUUCUACUCUCAGAUAAUGAGCACGGACAGUCGAAGGGGCCAGAACCUAAGGGUAAGUGUGUGUGUGUGUGUUUAUCUAAAUCAGCCUUUGAAAGAGCUUGCAUAUGUUAACUGCUCUGUGUUUAUGUUCUCAUAUUGGCUAUGAAAGGGUCCAUGAAAGAAGCAGUCUCUGCCCUCACAACAGCCCUAGUGUCAAAGACUCCAGUGUUUGUGAAGAAACCGGAGUUCUCUCAGGAAGUGGUUAAUGUAUUGAAGAACAAGAGUGUUGGUGGGCUGUGGGAGGGGAAGGUUGAGCAGGUGGUGAGACGGUUAGAGGAGGCCGGCCAGUUCACCAAGCAGACCAUCGA